AUGGGUUGGCCAACUCAUUGUGAUUUGUCCAGCGAGGACGCUCAAUAUGCCUACUGCGCUAACGGGCCCGCCGCUGUCUUCUUCACAGUUAUAUUCGGACUCACCUGGAUCGCCCAUUUCGCUCAAGCGGUCAUGUACCGGAAGAAGUUCUGCUGGGUGAUUGUAGUGGGCACAGUGUGGCAAUGCAUCGGAAUGAUUAUGCGCACCUACUCGACCAUCGAUCAAACCAAGUCGACGACCACGGCCGCCGGACAGCUGUUGAUUCUUCUGACGCCCUUAUGGGUGAACGCCUUUGUGUACAUGAUCUUCGGCCGCAUGGUCUACUACUUCUUACCAGAGAAGAAGGUGGCAGGCAUUCGGGCCGAAAGACUGGCCCAAAUCUUCAUCUGGCUUGAUGUGAGCUCUUUCAUUGUUCAAGCAACUGGUGGUAUCAUGGACUCGGACUUUAGCACCGAGAUGAACAAAAUCGGACUGCACAUCUACACAGCCGGCAUUGCAGCGCAACAGUUCUUCAUCCUGUGCUUCUGCGGACUACUAUUCGCCUUUCACCGUCGGAUGCAAGAGCGUGGUAGCAUUUCUCGUGGCGGUGGCUGGCGCCCAUUGGUGAUGGCCAUGUGGGCCACUUUGACAUUCAUCACGAUUCGAAUCAUCUACCGUCUGAUUGAAUUUGCCGAUACCGACAAGGCCGGGACAAGCCCCUUGACCCUUCACGAGGCACCCUUUUACUGCCUGGAAUUACUGCCCAUGCUCUCCGCCAUGGUCAUCUGGAACAUCUGGCACCCUGGCCGUUAUCUCCAAGGAGAUGACUGUGACUUUCCCAAGAAAGUAAAGCUGUCUCGCAAUGAAAAGAAGAUGAUAAAGCAAGAAGCCAAAGAUAGCAAGCGCCGGGGUCAUCGUCGCUCGUCUAGUCGUAAGGGUGCACGUGUUUCUGAGUCUCACCCGGCGAAUUCGUUCGACGAAGGGGCUCUGGAGUCGCAGGGUUAUCCAUUGCGAGGACAUAGAUAA